AUGGCUACUGUGAAUAUCAGACGGGAUGUCACCGACCCCUUUUACCGUUACAAAAUGGAGAAGCUCCAAUCUAAGAUUGAGGGUAAAGGUAACGGUAUCAAGAGCGUCAUUGUCAACCUCCCGAGCGUUGCCAACUCCUUGGCUCGCCCUCCUAUCUAUGUCGUCAAGUACUUCGGGUUCGAACUCGGUGCUCAGACCAACACCGGUGACCAUGACCGCUGGAUAAUAAACGGCGCUCACGAGGCCACUAAGCUUCAGGAAUUGCUUGAUGGUUUCAUCACCAAGUUCGUCCUCUGCAAGGAAUGCCAAAAUCCCGAAACCGAUCUUUCCAUCAGCAAGGAUCAGAACAUCAUUCGGAACUGCAAGGCCUGUGGUCAACGCACUAAGGUCGAUCCACGCCUCAAGCUUUCCGGUUAUAUCCUGAAGAACCCACCACAGAAGGACAAGAAGGAGAAGAAGGAUAAGAAAGAGAAGAAGAAGGCUAAGGCCAAUGGCGAGGAAAACAAGGAGGGUAGUAACUCCGAGGAAGAAGCCGGCAAGAACGGGAAUGGUCAUGUCGUCCCAACCUCCAACCUCGAUCAGUAUAACGCCGAAGCUGGGUCUGAUGACGAGUUUACGCGUGUCAUCAACGACGCUGCCAAGGAUAUCAGCGCUGGCGAUGGUGCCGAUGCCUUCACCAUUGAUACUUCCGAGAAGGCCAUGAAGGAACGUCAGAAGAAUGAGCUCACCAGUGCCGUCGAGAAAUUGACGAUGGGUGGGAACGACGAAGACGAGGAAGAAGAUGGUGGGAAUGGCCCUUAUGACCAAUUCGCCGCUUGGUUCGAUGAACAAGCCAAGGAGCUUGGUGGCGUCGCCAAAGUCGACGAUAUCGAGAUCUACAAGAAGCUUUCGGAGCUUGGUCUUGACCGCAAGCAUAAGACACUCCAAGUUCUCGCGCAGACCCUCUUCGACGAAAAUGUCGCCAAGCAGAUUGGACCAAGGGCCGGGUUACUCAAGAAGCUCGUCGCUAGCGACCGUCAUGAGAAAGCCUUCAUGGGUGGAAUUGAACGUUUGGUUGGAAAGCAAUACCCCAAGUUGAUUUCUACUAUGCCAAACAUCCUCCUCCCAAUCUAUGACAAAGAGAUUAUUAGCGAGGAUGCUAUCCUCAAGUGGGGCAGCAAGGCCAACAAGCGAUAUGUUGACACUGCCACCAGCAAGAAGGUUAAGGCCGCCUCAGAGCCUUUCUUGACCUGGCUCCAAGAAGCAGACGAGGAUGAUAGUGAUGAGGAAGAGGAAGACGACGAGUAA